AACACAUUUUUACGGCCGUAAAAAUGCUCUCGCUUCUGCAGGAGAAGCGACCGCUCAAGCGGACACGCCUCGGUCCACCGGAUAUUUAUCCGCAAGACGCUAAACAGCGCGAGGACGAAUUGACGCCCACAAAUGUAAAACAUGGGUUUACAACGAUGCCGCCUCUGUCUGAUGAGUUCGGAACGGCACAUACCACCAAUGUGAACGCCAGCAAGGUGAGUGCGUUCUAUAGCGGAGUGUUGGCCAAGAAGGAGGAGCUAAUGACGCUGCAGGAUACGGUGCGCAAGAAGCAACAAAUUAAUUGCAAGGACAAUUUUUGGCCGGUGUCACCACGUCGCAAAUGCACAGUCGAUGCUUGGUUCAAGGACCUGGCUGGCAACAAGCCGCUGUUAAGUUUGGCUAAACGUGCGCCUUCAUUCAAUAAAAAAGAAGAAAUUUUUAUAACUUUGUGUGAGAAUCAAGUAAACAUGCAACGUGCCACUUGGUUCAUAAAGCUCAGUGCCGCCUACACGCUCAGCUUUACUGAGUCAAAGAACAAAAAGCGCAGCAUUUAUGAUCCAGCUGCUGAAUGGACGAGUAAUAUGAUAAAGUUUAUGAAGGAGCUGUUGCCCAAACUGCAGGAAUAUUAUCAACAAUUGCACGACAAGAAUGGCUUGCAGUCCGGUGGCGGCAGCAGCACAACCAUCAGUGGCAGCAACAAUAACAGCUGCAGCAAUGGCACCAGCAGUGGGAGCAGUGGCGGAAGCAACAACAAUAACUCAGGCAGCAACAACAAUAACAACAGCAGUAGUGCCAUCAGUUCAGGCAAUCUUAUACCCGUUCCAAGCAUGACCAGUCCAUUACCGCCAAUCCACAGUCCAGCCAAUGGACAACCUGUCGCAGUGGGCUCUGCCGGCAGUGGUAGUGCUGCCGCUGGGGCUACUCUAGCACCAGGCAGUACACUAACACCAUUAGGUGGCAGCGGUGUAGCAGGUGGCGCAACAUCGGCCAAUGCGGGCGCUGUGCCGCCUGGUUCCAGUAUCUCUGGUGUUGGCAGUCAGUUCGAGGACAGUCGCAAUGCAUUAAAAUACUGGAAAUACUGCCAUCAGCUGAGCAAGUACAUGUACGAGGAGUCUCUACUGGAUAGACAGGAGUUUCUCAACUGGAUACUGGAUCUGAUGGACAAGAUGCGCACGCAGGCAAGCUUUGAUGAGCCUCUAAAGAAGCUAGUGCUCAGCUUUGCAAUGCAAUAUAUGCAUGACUUUGUCCAGUCGGAGCGUCUGUGUCGCAAAAUGGCCAAUCUGGUGGCUAAGAAGCUAGCGCAGCUGCUCAAUGCUGCAGUGGAGCAGCAUCAACAGCAACAAGCACUGAUUAGGGCGCAGGUCAUGGAAAUUGAUGCACUCGAGGAAUCACAAAUCACACAGUUGCCUAACGAAACAGAUUCUUAUGAGCGUGCCUUGCAGGAUUGUAUGAACUGCCCGCAUCAUCGGGAUAUAGUGUUAUAUCUAAGCACCAUACUACAAGUUAUAACCAUUGAAUGUCCAACAGCGUUGGUGUGGAGCGGCAUCGCAGCACAUCGUGCGCCCUCCUCCUUGGUUGGCAGUCCGCUAGACCAUUUGCCGCUGGCGCCAUCAAUGCUCCCAAUGCCAACGCGUUGUCAACGCACAAAUCUCGAGCUGCGCAGGCAGCUACGUGCAGCGGAGGCGGAUAUUGUGCUGCGCACGCAGCAUGCAGAGCAGCGUUGGUUUGCCUCCAAGUGGCUAAACGCGGGCAAGAAUCACUACACGAAUGUGUUGGCAAAAUUGGAUCAUCUGGACACGCACUGCUUUGAACGCAUGGAUCAAUGCAAUUCCAUAGAUACACUCUAUGCACACAUCUUUCCGCCGCAGUCACGUCGCCAGGAAGAGGAUGCACAGCAGCAACAGCGCACAGCCUAUGAGCCCAAACAGGAUGCGGAUACAGUGCGCAUACUUUGCGAAUGGGCAGUGUCCAGUCAGCGUUGGGGUGAACAUCGCUCCAUAGUGGUAGCUAUACUGUUGGACAAGCGCCAGAUUGACGUAACCAGCACACCUGCGGAUUUAUGCGGCGACAAAGAGGACAAGGACUCGUUGGCCUCUGGCGCAGGCCUCAUCGAUGGCUUGCCCGUAUUUCAGCAUGUGCUCAUGCAUUUUCUGGAUCAUGACGCACCCGUAUUAGAUGAACACAAUAGCACGUCCCAACAGCGCACCGAGUUCACCAAUCUGAUGCAGUUGUUCAGCGCCCUCAUACGCUACGACGUUUUCUCACAUAAUGCCUAUAUGCAUACUCUCAUCUCGCGCGGUGACCUGUUGCUCGAGUCCACACUGAUGCACAAGGCGUCAACGGCGACGAAGAGUUCACCGCAGCCGCCAGCGCCGCCGGCAGCCAGCGGCAACGCCAGCAACACACAUGGUUUUGAUGAUGAUGGCUUUGGUGCGGGCAUUGGCAUUGACUUCAAGCACAACGAGUUCGAUGACUCCAAUGUGGAUGAUGAUCUGGACAAGCUGGUGCAGAAUAUUAAGGAGAAGGGUCAACAGCAUGAAGCGCCCGAUAGUCCUAAGAUAGGCCCACCAGGCGAUGCCGAUGGCGCCAGCGUGGACACACACAGCCACAGCACAGGCAAUGGCCCGGGCUGCAACAUCUCGCGGCAUUAUGUGUAUACCAAACACUUUCCCAUACCGCAGGACGACCCGAGCAUGUCCAGCUACAGCAGUGAGAGCAACCAACGCUAUAUACUGCUCUUCGGUGUGGGCAAGGAGCGCGAUGAGAAGAAGCAUGCGGUCAAAAAGAUGUCCAAGGAGAUUGGCAAACUCUUUACGAAAAAGUUUAGCAUUGAUGUUGCGGAGGGCGGCAAGGUAAAGAAGCAUUCACGCAACGAGUUCAACUUUGAGGCCACCACGGCGAAGUGCCAGCAGAUGGCCUACUUUGACCAGCAUGUGGUCACUGCACAGUGCGCCGCCAAUGUGCUGGAACAGCUCAAUGGCUUUGCCCUGGGCAACAACAACUAUUUGCCGGUGCAGGAGCAUGUGGCCUUUCUGUUUGAUCUUAUGGAACUGGCGUUGAAUAUCUAUAGUCUGCUGGAGCUGUGUGAUCAGCUGUUAAAGGAGCUGCCAGAGGUCGAGCAUCAGCUGCAACUGAAGAAAUCCAACAUGGUGCGUGGAUACACCACCUCCUUGGCUCUGUAUAUAGUUAGCAUACUGAGACGCUAUCACAGCUGCCUGCUGCUCUCCCCGGAGCAAACGUUGUCUGUCUUUGAGGGUCUCUGUCGCACCAUACGCCAUGUGAGCAAUCCCAGCGAAUGCAGUUCCGCGGAGCGUUGCAUCUUGGCGUAUCUCAGCGAUCUGCACGAGUCCUGCGUGCUGUUGCAGAGCAAGGAGCAGUCCUCGGAGUAUUAUCAGCAGCUCAAUUGCAUCAAACGAUUCAAGGAUAUCUUCAAUACACCCGAGCAGCUAAGCUUGGCUCCUCAAGGCUACAAUCCCCAGAUGCUGCAAGAGCUGUUUGUGGCGCCGCGUCGUGGCGGAAAACUUGAACCGCACUGGCUGCGUCAACUCCAUGAAUCCUCUGCGAAUGUCUAUAGCUUUGUAUCCAAUGCUGUCAUUGCCGUCUGCCGUGAAACCGACAACGAGCGGCUCAAUGAUGUCGCCUUGGCGUGUGCCGAACUCACCGCCAGCUGCAAUGUGCUCUCCGAGGAAUGGAUUGCCGCCUUACAGAGCUUAUGCAGCGGCAGCAAGAAUCCGCGCUAUCCGCAUCUGAAUAACCAAGUCGACAUUGGUCAGACCAAGACCCACAAUGCGCUGGCCGUAUUUGUGUGCAUCCUUGUGGCGCGUCACUGCUUCUCGCUGGCGGAUUUUGUCAGCAAAUUUGCGCUGCCCACGCUGGCGCGUUCGGUGAGCGGUGGCGGCGAAUUAAGUUCGGAUGCAGAGGCAGGCGCACGUCUUACCUGUCACCUGGUGCUGAAGCUGUUUAAAACGCUGGAGAUACCACAGCCAGGAAUGUAUUCGGUGAGCACGUCGCCCAAUCCGCUGCAUGCAGUGGGCAAUGAUUUUAGCAUACGCCUCAGCUGCGAUCGACAUUUGCUGGUGGGCGCUCACAAGACAAUACCCAUAGCCGCUGUGCUGGCCGUGCUCAAGGCCAUACUUAUUGUCGUGGAUAAUGCAGCAUUGAAGACUCCACUGAGUGGCAAUGGUGGCUUGGGUUCUGCGGGCAGCAGUACUGGUGGCGGCGUUGGCAGCGGAAGCUUUAGCAGUGGCAAACGCAGUGGUUUCAAUACGCCCGUGCAUCCCGGCAGCACGCCCAAAAGCAAUGAACAACGUCCGGCGGAUCUCAGUCAGAUUCUAGGCACUAGCGAUCUGCAGCUGGGCAGCCUUGGCAAUGAGCAAGAAUCUCUGCAGCAAUCGUCCAGCGGCAAUAGUUUGGGUAGCGGCGAGCAAAUCUCUUUACUGGAGUUUGCCCAGGCGGUGCUGAAGCAAAUUUGCGCCCAGGAGCAUGUUCUGGAGCGCUGUCUGAAGAACGCGGAGCAACUAUGUGACAUGAUUAUUGAUGAGAUGCUGACGGCAAAGCAGGCACAGCGUGUGCUGCACAUGAUCUGCUAUCCGGAGGCAGAGUUUAAUAUUAUAUCGGAGCUGGAUCAGCGCGCAAUGAUUGUGCGCAUACUGGAGCAGCUGGAUCAAUGGACGUUACGCAUCUCCUGGCUGGAUCUGCAGCUCAUGUAUCGCCAGUCACUGAGCAACCCCAGUGAACUCAAUAUCUGGUUGGAUACGGUGGCGCGCGCGGCUAUUGAUGUCUUUCACAUGGAGGAGAUAAUGUUGCCUGGUGCCGUCAAGCCCAUACAUAAACCCAAGCCCUCCACUUGGCUAGUGGCGCCGCUAAUAGCUAAACUAACGCCCGCCGUGCAGGGACGCAUUUUGCGUGUGGCUGGUCAAGUGCUAGAGAGCAUGAACUACUUUUCCAAGGUGUCCAAGUCGGAUUGCAAUAGCUCGGGCAGUGGGGAUGAGCGUGAGAAAGGCAACAGCUGCCAUAGCAGCAACAGCUUUGGUGGUGGUGCGGGCGGUGCUAACGGCGGUAGUAGUAGCAAUGGGAACGCUGCCCCGCGCAACAAGAAAAUGCCGCUGAACUAUCAGCCGUUCCUGGGACUCAUACUCACCUGCCUAAAGGGCCAGGAUGAGUACAAGGAGCAACUGUUGGUGUCGCUUUACUCACAGCUCUCCCAAUGCCUCCAGUCGUUUGCGGAGCUUGAUACGAUUGGCGGCAUUGAUGAGCCGCAGGCACGCGAAGAGAUUUUGGAUGCGCUGCAGCUUCGUUUCUCGCUGGUGGGCGGCAUGUUUGAGGCUAUACAAAAGAACAGCACGCCCACUACGGAUUGGGCAAUAUUGCUGGCGCAGCUGGUUUGCCAAGGUGUAGUAGAUUUGAGCUGCAAUCGUGAGCUCUUCACCACAGUGGUGGAUAUGCUUGCAACGCUGGUUCACUCGACGCUUGUCUCCGACAGUCAAUCGGAGCGUGAUGAGAACAAAAAGCUCUACUUGAAUCUCAUGAAGAAGCUGAAAAAGGAAAUUGGUGAGAAAAAUAAUGCAUCCAUACGCGUUAUACGUCAACUGCUGCCGCUCUACAAGCAACCCACCGAGGUGAUUGCCUGUGAGCAUGCGGGCAUGGACACCAAGGGUAAUAAGAUCUGUGACAUGGACAAAAAGCAGCUGCGCAUCUCGGAUAAGCAACGCAUUAGCGUUUGGGACAUACUCGAGGGCCACAAGAAUCCAGCGCCGCUUUCAUGGGUUUGGUUCGGCGCCGUUAAGCUGGAGCGCAAGCCGUUAACCUAUGAGGAAGCGCAUCGCAAUCUCAAGUACCACACGCACAGCCUGGUCAAGCCCAGCAGUUAUUACUAUGAGCCACUGCCACUGCCGCCAGAGGACAUAGAGCCCGUGCCUGAAAAGAUUUGCAUAAAGGAUGAAAUCAUGAAAGCAGACACACCCUCCUCAGUGGAUCAAUCUCCCAGUGCUGUGGUUGGCACUGGACGUGGACGCGGCAAGGGCACCACCACACGCAAGCGCAAACCGAAGAAUCCCAAGACGCCGCCGGUGGUUAAUACACAACAGCAGCAACCGCAGCUGGUGCCGCAGCCGCAGCAACCACAAAAUCCACAGCAGCAACAGCAAAUGCAACAACAGCAACAUCAGCAGCAGCAGCAACAACAUAUGCAACAGCAAAUGCAGCCCAACAUGGGACAAAUGCCUAUGCAGAUGCAGCAAAUGAACAUGCAACAGUUUGGCCCCAAUGCAAUGAUGCAGCAGCAGAAUGCGCUCAUGCAGCAACAGCAGCAGCAACAACAGCAGCAGCAGCAAAUGCAACAAAUGGCGCCCAAUCAAAUGCAGCAGCAGCUGAAUGUCGGUCCCAAUGGCCAGCAGGCGCAGAUGAACUUUAUGCAGGGGCCUGGUGGACCUGUGGGACCACAGGGUAUGCCUGGCCAGCAGCAACAGCAGCCACAGUGGCACAAUGCGCCACAGCAGCAGCAGCAACAACAGCAGCCGCAACAGUAUCACCAACAGUAUACCCAUCAGCAGAAUAUACAGAUGAGUCGUAUGGAUCGACCGCCAGUGAAUGCCAAUUCCAAGCAGGCCUUGUCGCAAAUGCUGCGUCAGCGCCAGCCAGCCUCAUUCCAGCAACAGCAGCAGCAACAGCAACAACAGCAGCCUCCUGGCGGCGGCUUUAAUCCCCUGCAACAACAACAGCAACAGCAGCAACAGGCACCUCAGCAACAGCAACAGUUGAGCGCGCAGCAAAUGCGACAACAGCAACAGCAAAUGAAUGCACAACAGAAUCCGCAGGCAGCAGCUGCUGCUGCAGCCGCUUUUAGUGCAAUGCAGCAGCAACAGAAUGUGCAACAGCAGCAGCAGAUGAAUCCCAAUCAGCAGCAGCAAAUGAAUCCGAAUCAACAGCAGCAGCAAAUGAAUCCCAAUCAGCAGCAACAGUUUAUGCGCAACAACAUGCGAGCGAUGGCGCCCAAUCAAAUGUCUGGAAUGAAUAUGGUAGGCCAAGGCAUCCCACAGAAUCCUAUGAUGCAGCAGCAACCCAUGGGCCAAGGCAUGGUCGGCAUGGUCAAUCCAAAUGCUAAUCCUAUGAUGCAAGGUGCUGGUAGCGGCAAUGGCUCUGUUGGUGUUGGCGUAGGCGUUGGUGGUGGCGGCAACAACAUGAGCAUGGGUGGCAUGCCACAGCAGGGUAUGAUGCAACAGCAGCAACAGGUGCAGUUCCAGAAUUUUCAGAAUCAGUAUCAACAGCAGCAGCAACAAGGCAUGCAGCAGCAGGGAGGCGGUGCAGGUGUUGGCGUGGGUGUGGGCGUCGGCAUGGGCCCUAACCAACAACAGCAACAACAGGCCGGCCUCAUGGGUAACUUCAAUCCGCAAAUGCAGCAAGCGCAGCGUAACAAUCCCGAUUUUAUGGCCGCUGCAGUCGCUGCACAGCAGCAACAGCGCGGCGUGCCAGGUGGCAUGAUGGCUGCCAAUCGUGGUCAGUAUAUGAAUCAAGCGCCAAAUGUCACCAUGACCAAUAUGAUGGGCCCCGGACCAGGUGUAGGUGUUGGCCAAGUUCCACCGUACGCUCGGCAACAGUCCACAGGUGGCGGAAAACCAGGUGUGUUGCCCUCGCAGCAGCAAUUCCAACAGCAGCAGCAACAGUUGCGCCAUCAGCAAAUGAUGCAAAUGCAGGGCAUGGGCGGUGGAGGUAUGGGAGGUGGACCCCAAGCAGUUGGCGGUGGUGGUGCUGGCGGCGGCGGCAUGGUACAGCAGCAGCAGAAUAUGAAUCAACAACAGACUCCAAAUCUAGUUGCUCAGCUGCAGCGACAGAUGCCAAAUCAGCCAAAUAUGAUGGGCCAACAGCAGCAGUAUCAACAUCAGCCGCCACCCUAUUAGUUUGUAUUUUUAGGUAAUUUAA